AUUCAUUUGGUUUUGAGGCCUGCCCGUUGUCUCCCAAAGCUUUCUUUACCUUGUGAUCACUACAGUCACGUGACUUCGGUGACAUCACUGGUCCUUUAGCUGGAUGGGACCUAGUCGCUAGCAAAUGACAAUACUGAUGUUCCGCAGCCGUUUACGGUAGUGUGAGCCUGAUCUUGUUUUAUUUGGUUGUGUCAACCUAGACGCAGAAAUGGACCCGAACCGGAUCAUACAGGCACUGAGGGGGACCAUCGACCCCAAGAUGAGACUGUCGGCGGAGACUGAACUGAAUCAGUCUUACAAGAUCAUUAGCUUUGCUCCGACCUUACUACAGAUCAUUGUUUCUGAUCAAGUUGAGUUUCCUGUGCGUCAAGCGGCUGCUAUCUAUUUGAAGAACAUGGUGACUCAGUACUGGCCAGACCGGGAGCCUCUUGCAGGAGAAGUUGUCUUUCCAUUCAAUAUCCAUGAAAAUGAUCGUCAGCAGAUACGAGAAAACAUUGUAGAGGGAAUAAUCCGUUCUCCAGAUUUAGUAAGGGCUCAACUGACUCUCUGUCUGCGUGUCAUUAUAAAACACGACUUUCCCGGUCGUUGGACAGGUGUAGUGGAUAAGAUAGGAUUCUACCUACAGUCAAAUAACAGCGGAAGUUGGUUGGGCAGCUUACUGUGCUUAUACCAGCUUGUUAAGAACUAUGAGUACAAAAAGGCUGACGAGCGAGCUCCUCUUAUUGCUGCUAUGCAGAUUUUCUUACCUCGGCUCCAACAGCAGAUAGUUCAGCUUCUUCCUGACCCGUCUCAUUAUUCUGUUCUGAUGCAGAAACAAAUUCUUAAGAUUUUCUAUGCACUAAUCCAGUACGCUCUGCCGCUUCAGCUGGUGAAUAAUCCAAUGAUGACACAAUGGAUGGGAAUUUUCAGCACCAUCACUGACCGGGAAGUCCCUCCAGAAACGUUGCAAGUGGAUGAAGACGAUCGCCCAGAGCUGGUGUGGUGGAAAUGUAAAAAGUGGGCUCUUCACAUCCUCACCCGUCUCUUUGAACGGUACGGCAGCCCUGGGAGUGUCACCAAAGAAUAUUUUGAGUUUUCAGAGUUUUUUCUAAAGACUUAUGCUGUUGGUAUUCUGCAGGUUCUGUUGAAAGUAUUGGAGCAGCACCGUCAGAAACAAUAUGUCGCCCCACGGGUUUUACAACAGACACUAAAUUAUCUGAACCAGGGGGUGUCACAUGCCAUUACAUGGAAACAGCUGAAGCCGCACAUGCAGAGUAUUGCUCAAGAAGUGAUUUUCCCACUUAUGUGUUAUAAAGAUGAGGAUGAAGAUUUGUGGCAGGAUGAUCCCUAUGAGUAUAUUCGCAUGAAGUUUGAUGUAUUUGAAGACUAUGUAUCUCCAUCAACAGCAGCACAAAACCUUCUGUAUACCGCUUCAAAGAAGAGGAAAGAGGUAUUGCCGAAAAUGAUGACUUUCUGUUACCAGAUACUUACAGGGUCAUCGGUAGAUACUCGGAAUAUAGAUGGUGCUCUUCAUGUUGUCGGCUCACUGGCUGAGAUCUUAUUAAAGAAAUCGGUAUACAAGGAUCAGAUGGAAGUUUUCAUUCAGAAUCAUGUCUUCCCCCUUUUCUUGUCAGAGCUGGGCUAUCUCCGAGCAAGGUCUUGCUGGGUCCUACAUUCCUUUAGCUCUUUACGGUUCCACAAUGAACUUAACCUUAGAAAUGCAGUGGAGCUGGCAAAGAAAAGUUUGAUUGAAGAUAAAGAGCUGCCUGUCAAGGUGGAAGCUGCUAUCGCACUGCAGAUGUUAAUAAGCAAUCAGGCCCCUGCCAAAGAGCAUAUGAGACCACAUAUCCGGCCUGUUAUGCAGGAACUUCUUCACAUCGUUCGUGAGACAGAAAACGAUGACCUAACCAAUGUUAUUCAGAAGAUGAUUUGUGAGUACAGUCAGGAGGUGGCUCCGAUUGCAGUAGACAUGACAAGGCAUCUGGCAGAGAUAUUUGUUAAGGUUCUUCAGAGUGAAGAGUAUGAAGAAGUGGAGGAUAAGACUGUGAUGGCCAUGGGAAUCCUACACACAAUAGACAUUGUACUGACUGUGGUGGAGGAUUAUAAAGAGGUAAAGCAGCACUUGGAAGGGAUAUGUUUACAGAUCAUUGGCCUUGUUUUGCAGAAGCAUAUCAUAGAGUUUUAUGAAGAGAUUCUGUCCUUGGCUUACAGUCUAACCAACCAGACCAUCUCUGCACAGAUGUGGCAGCUGCUUGAAAUCUUGUUUGAAGUUUUUCAGAGGGAUUGUUACGAAUAUUUUACAGAUAUGAUGCCUCUUCUUCACAAUUACAUUACGGUAGAUACAGAGACUCUGCUAUCUAAUCCCAAACACCUAGAGAUUAUUUACACUAUGUGUAAGAAGCAUCCAGAAAACUAGAGCAGCAGCAACCAAACGUUUGUGGAACUCCUCUUGGCAGCAAGUGAACAAAACACUAUGGAGGACUUUAAGAUACUUUCAUCACUAUGUGUUGCAAGUCUCAUAAAAUAGAAGAAGAAGAAAAGAAAGGGUGAAUAAACAUAUUUCGUGCUGCAGUAAUGUGUUACACAGGUCAAUAGAUCUAACGCACCUGAGGCAUCAGAUGCUGGACUGUGGGUGCCAUUGUUAUAAUGCUGCUCAUUUUGGUGACCUUAAAUAUGGAGGAAAGCGUUUGCUGGAACAUAUGAACUGUAUAAAUUAUUGUUCUUUUUGGACAUCACUGGAAACCUUUUUUUUUUUUUCUUCUGUUUUUUUUCCAUCUUGUCUGUGAUUUUGAGUGCUUCAGGUUUGGAUAGAGACCUUUUCUCCUGGAAUUUUAUAUCUAACCAUCAUGUAUGAGAAGGGCAGUGGUUUUGACAAAUAGCAGGAAAGUAACUCGCUUGUCAAACGUUUGCUCUGCACCAACAUUGUAGAUACCGUUCUUCAAAUUCAGUAAUUAAUAUAACGUGUGAUUUAAUGUUUUUAUAUGUUUUCUUGAUUUCAAGACAAGUCCUUUAUUGCAGCAAAUAGAUUGUUCAAAUCUGUGUAACAGGAUAGAUGUUUGUGUGGACUCUGUCUGUCACGUCAUUUUGUGGUGUGUGUAUAUGUGCAUAUAAAAGUGUGUUGAUGCACACUUUGUGUAA